AUGGCAAAUUUUUUACAAGCGUCGUUCAUCGAUAAUAAUAAUGUUUCGGAUGAUGACAUGGUUGAACAAUCAACAUUCGAUCAUCCUACAGUGAUGCCUUCAACAAUGGCCCAAGAUAUCAUGCCUCACUAUUUCGAUAGCAAUAAUAGUGGUAUGAGUCCAUUAUCAAUGAAAACACAGCCAUGUGAAAUUCAAUCAAGUACCUUAUUUGAUGGCAAUACACAUGAAAAUGACGAAUUCAAUGUCAAUAAUACAAAAGCUACGAAUGAUAAACAACAAGACAAGGAUGACGAAUAUCAAGAUAUUAAUGAUGAUGAUGAUGAUGAUGAUGAUGAUGUUAAUGAUAGUACAUGGAUUUUGUAUAAGAUCGAUGAUGGUGAGGAUCAAGAUAAUCAAUUGACAUAUCAUCAUCAAGAGACACAAGAAUUAAAAGAUCUUGACUGGCAUGAUUUACCAAAUUUUAUUCGUCAUCUCGAUUAUCAGCAUUUGAAAGUAAAUGAUCGUCAUAAAGCUCACUCUGAAAAUCGUACUAUAUUAUCUAUUCGACGUAAAAUGGUUGCUAAUAACAUGAUUGUUAGAUUACCAUACAAGGGUACUCCAUUUUACAUCGGUUCCAUAGAGAAUUUUCAAGCAAAAGAAGCCGCUUAUAUAACGCGAACAGGUAGUUGGGUAUUGCUACAUGAACUGAAUGGAGUUCAUCGCAAUGCCAGUCAGUUAUGUUUUGCUAAAAUUCUUGAAGAAGUAGAAGCAAAAUUGUUUCAUUUACUUGAUUCAAAAUAUAUCAAUGAAGUACAUCAUUUCAAAAUGAAUAUUAAUCGAUCAAUGGUUCGAAUGCAUUAUCUUUAUUUUGUACCAGAAACUCAUAAGGAAGAAAUACCAGUGAGACCAAUCACGGUAUGCAAUGAUGGGCCAACAAUGAAUAUCGUUCGUCAUAUAACUCCACUUCUAUGGUCAAUCUUUGAUCAAGCAACUAAUUGUAGACGAUUUCAAAAUGGUGCUAUUGAUGUUAUACACGGUAUUGAAAAGUAUACGCAAAUGGGUCAACUUAAACCUGGUACUCUCUUCGUAACAUUUAAUAUGGAUGAUUUGACGACAAGUUUUUUACAUGAUCAAACAAUGUCAGCCUUAAAACGUUUACUUAUCGAACAAUUACAAGAUAAGACAAUGGAUGGUCUUACUAUUGAUAUUAUUUUGCAAUUGGUUGAUCUUGUACUAAAAAAUCAAUUCUGCGUUUACAAUAACGGAUUGUAUCAACAAAUUCAUGGUGGUGCUUCUGGUUUACCAUUGACAAUGCUAUUGACCUAUGUUAAUUUAUUUUAUGGACAACAUAGUGAGUUAAUGAAAACGAUAAAAGAAAAAGAUGAAUUUUUUGGCAGAUAUCAAGAACAAGCAAUCUUAACAUGGCAUGGAUCUAAAGAUGAAUUUUGCACAUUAAUCAAAAAAAAUAUUCAUGUCGAACACACUCGGUAUCUCGUGAAAAUGUCCAUUGGAUCAACAGUUCAUUUUCACGAUGUCGAAAUUAGUCAAACCAACAAUAAUGAUGUUCUCGAAAGUAAAGUUUAUUAUGAUCCAAAUAUUGACACUCUACCAAAUGUAUCUGAUGAACCAAUGGAGAAUAAAUCAAAACAAUUAUAUGCUGUUCUAUAUCGAGCUGUUCGAUGUUGUUCGAAUGUCGUGAAAUUCAAUCAUGAACGACGUCAUAUUCAACUCUCAUUUCUUACAUCUGGUUCUACAUCGGAAUUUAUUCAGUCUGGUAUUGAACAUUUUUUUUUGGAAUUCGGUCUAUCGAAACGUUCCUUUUCAUGUCUUCUGAAUGAAGAUGAAUAUCGUGAUUUACGUCAAAGCAUUAUUCAAGUCACUGAACUGCAAAUGGAACUGAAGCAACAACGUGAACGACAAAAUCAACAUACAUUAUUUGUUCCGUGUACAAAAUGGAUUGAUCCCAAACAACUAGCCGAUUAUACGCAACGCUUGAAAGAUUGGUGGAAGAAAUAUUACGGUAAUGAACCACAAACAAAACAUAUUCAAAUCAAAUGGACAGAAUCAACAUCAAAGAAUCUCACCAACAGUGAUAUUCUCGUUAAUAAACGACCACCUAAUUGUCUUUUGACUUUGCCAAAAGAAUGGAGAGAAUAA